AACAAAUUGCCAUUUCAAGAACGCUCAAAGCACUACUCUUUUUCUUUCACAACACAAUUUUUCGCCGCUUCUUGAAGUUUUUUUCAUUUCUCAUAUUUUGUCAGAUAUAUUUUCAAGAUUUGAUAUUUCAAAGAUGAUGAUGAGAAGCCGUAAACCCCCACUUGCUAGAUCACCUGUUGGAAUUAGGAAUCGACGUGUUGUUCAAUCUACUCCAAAUCCCAUGAGAACCCCACCUGGUUCUAUGACAAAAUCUCAGUUGCCUAAAAGGGCUGGCAGCAAUGUUGAAGAAUGGGAACUUCGUCCAGAGUACCGUACCAUUUCUUGUGAACUAAGGUCUUUGGCAAAAAUGGUGCAGAACGACUUUGGCAGGGAUGUGAAUGCUGCUGAUAACUCUGAUUCGUUGAAUGCAAAGAGAAGUCCUUUAUUUGAAAGGGGCAGGUUUUAUGAAGAGUACUCUGCUAGAAGGAAUGAGAGAUUGAAGAGAAAGAAUGGUGGUGGUGAUACUGGUGAUGAGAAGAAAAAACCGGUGUAUGAUUUGGGAGUUAGAGUUGAAUCUUCCAAGAAAAGAGGAGAGCCUAAAGUGUACCAAAGCGCGAGGAAAUCAGUUGUUGCUUCUACGCCAGUUGCAGAGAGGAGAGAAACUCCGAGGUAUUUCUUGAGGAGCAGCACAGCUAGUAAGGAGAACAAGAAGCCUCCUUUGCCUUUGCCUUUGCCUAUCAGCAUGGACAAAUCUGUGGGUUUUUCAGAAAGGAGACCUGCAGCCAGAAGAGCUAGGAAAAUUUGAGUUGGAAUGAACUUGGAGAUGCUUGAUUUUCCCUUAAGACUUUUAUUGGACAAAAAAAAGUAUUAUUAGCUUCUUGAUGAUUUGGGAUGGCAAAUGUAGUUAGUUCUGUGGCAAAAUUCGUAGAUUAGGGUGUUUGAUAUUUGAAGUACAAUGAAGAGGCUAUGUGGCUUGUAGCUUCAGUUCAAUUUCAUGGAUGAUUGUGAUAUGAAUCUUUCCCUUUUGCGUUGCUUA